GGCAGGUCAAAACUACCAGAAGAAAGAAAGAUUCAAAUGAAACAUACGGCAAGGAUUUGUUUGUCCACCCUGAAUUCACUCCUCCUUCUCUCACCACUCCGUCCUUCUCUCUCCUCUAUAUUUCCAUCUCUUCUAUCAUCCAUUCCAAAACUCAAGGUGAUCAAUACUACUGCAUACAGCAUCAUUCUCUCUCUCUCUCUCUCUCUCUCUCAUGGGAUGGUAGUCUCACAAACACCUCUCUUCGCGAAAGUUUGCACUCAAGGAUAGCUUCUCUGAAGUCUUUUUAGCUUGAUUUUGCUUGAUCCGAGUUUGAAAUGAUGGCCACCAAAAAGUCCCGCAUAGUCGUGCCAGAGAAGUCUCUACCACCUGAAGGGCAACAAGCCAAGAUCAAUGAGAUUAGAAAGUCGAUCGGUAGUAUCACCAGCAAGUUUCCAAUGCUGUGCUCAGAUGCAUCAAUUUUAAGGUACCUCAAAGCAAGGAACUGGAACACAAAGAAGGCAAGCAAGAUGUUGAAAGAAACCUUGAAAUGGAGGCUGGACUACAAGCCAGAGAAAAUCCAAUGGGAAGAUGUAGCUCAUGAAGCCAAGAUCGGGAAACUUUACAGGGCUAACUACUUGGACAAACAUGGGAGGACUAUUCUUAUUAUGAGACCUGGUCUCCAGAGUACGAGCUCAACAGAGGUGCAAAUCAAAUACCUGGUGUAUUGCAUGGAGAGGGCCAUAUCAGAUUUAAAACCAGUUCAGGAGCAGAUGGUGUGGUUAAUUGAUUUUCAAGGGUGGAACAUGUCAAGCAUAUCCGUGAAGGUGACUCGGGAAACAGCUCAUCUAUUGCAGGAACGUUACCCAGAAAGGCUAGGACUUGCAAUCCUCUAUGAUCCUCCAAAAGUCUUUGAAUCUUUUUGGUUGCUGGUGAAACCAUUUCUUGAGCCCAAGACAUACAAGAAAGUGAAGUUUGUCUUUCGCAACGAUCAACAAAGCCGGAAGAUAAUGGAAGAACUAUUUGAUAUGGAUAAGCUGGAAUCCGUGUUUGGCGGUAGAAACUCAAUUGGGUUUGUCUAUGAAGAUUAUGCCAAGCGUAUGAUGGAGGAGGACAAGAAAAUGUCUGAUUCCACUGAUAACGAAUGUUUGUCUCAUUCUCCAUCAACUAUGAUAUUGGAGUUGCAGCAUUCAGAACCAAACUCGGACCUGACUUCCGAGGCCUCUGAUGAUGAAACUGAUUCGUCAACCUUCUUGGAGGAGGUUGAAGAGAAGAUUGAAGGUUUUUCACUCGGCUCCAAAGAUGUGGAAACUGUUGAAGUAGACACAAGAAGUAAAAGAAGCGAGACUGAGUGACCGAAAAAAAUGCAAUUUGAAUAUAAGUUCAGGAGUCUCAGUAAGGGUAUGAAACAGCCUACAAAAUGCAUGAAUAUGUUCAUCAAACUGGAACUAGUGAUGGACCCAUGACGCCAAACAACAUCCUAUGUGGACUGGAGAGAAACCAAUCUCAUCUAUCCAUAAUCAACGUACAUCUACUGGCAUAAAUAUAUGUGUAGGCAGAGAGACAGGUAUAUUUGUAUUAUGGUCUUGUCAAGAACAAUGCUUCUGUUCAGGAGUUGCCGACUCUUCGAGUCUUGAUUCUCUCAAACUCAAUACUGCAGUAAGCAAAGGCCUACAAAAGUCCAGGGCCCAGGCAAGUACUUCAGAGUAACUGAAAAUCACCAAUUGAUACAUCCCAUUUGCAAGACAAAAAGGCAACACAAAAUUUAUGAGUCGACUGCAUAAACCAACCACGUUCAGUUAGGGCAUGAUAAGGC